AUGGUCGUCAAAGGCAACUUCCAAGUCCAGCUUGUGGAAGCAGUGUCGGGGCAGCCAUUCAAGGAACACUCCUUGACAGGCAAACCCGACGAGUGCUUUGCGGAAGUGGAGCCUGGGGCAGAGUACUUCAUUCGAGUCCAAUAUCUGGCUAAGGAUGAUGAUGAUUUUUUCGGUUCGGGUUCUGUCUUUGUGGCUGACCUGGAAGUCGAUGGGUGUGAUCUUGGCUACGAGCUGACAAUCGAAGAUGACACAGCCCAUCUGUGCGGAGGUUGGAAGCACGAGAAAGGGAAAUCUGGCAGUCUCAAUGCUCGCUCGGAAGGAAUUCCCAAAAAGGCUCUUGUACGCUCUGGACAAGGAUCGACGCUCUGCACAGUCGAGGAAUCGUUGCACACUGUUGUCCACGAGCGAGAAGAAACUGCGUUUGAGAGCCUCACACUCCAUUACUGCACUGUUUUGGGCUUGGUGGAGGCUGGAGUGUUCAAAGUCAGCAAGGCAAAGAUGUGGGAAUGUGCUCGCUUGCGCUUUCCAGUCAAGAAGCAGCCCGAACCAUGGCUUCGAAACGUUCAGCCUGAAAUGCAUUCAAGGGAUGCCAUCAUCAAGGAUGGUGUCGUUUUCGAGCCAAGCAAGAGAUGGGAGCUCUUAGACCUGACCGUGGCUGGCGUUGAUUCGAAUGACGAAGACUGACUCUGUUGGCCAGGGAUAAGAGAGUCGGGACGGUCAAGGUACAUGAUCGAUCACUUCCACCAAAGGCCACUUUCCGUCAAGACUGCGGCCUAUCGGUGGCGUGGGCAACUACAGAGGCGGGAGUGGAAAGCGUUGGUUGUGUGGUUGAUAAGGCCGUUUCCCGCCACAAAGAUUGGGAGGAUUUGAUCACCACAACUUACAUCGAGUAAGCCUUCU